CUAAACGAAACAGAGUGGCGGCGUGGUUCUGGCUGUGUUGCCAGAUGAUGAUGGGCUGGGCCCUGUCUAUUUUGGCUCUGUUGUACCUCCGUCACUUGCUGGGAGUGCUACUCCUAGUACUGUGUUCUCCUGCUGUCUCUCUGCUUGUCCACUACUACGAGGUCAACCAGUUCAAAAACAGUUCAUGGGGAAAAAAUGGGCUUAAAACUCUGAUAUAGGGAUUUCCCGCAUUGAAUUGCUGUCCAUUUCGACUACGGACCACAAUCCAUUUUUUGGAAAAUUUGACCAGUUGCAAGAUUCUAGGGUUGUUGGCCGAAAUCCCACAUUCUAUACUAUCUAGGGUACUAGUAGGAGCGACCUGUUCACCAGUUGAUCCGGUUUGAGCCAAUCUGACGAGGUCCAAAAAAACUCUGCUUUUUGCCUCAGGCUCGCCCCCCCCGUAGAUACUG